UUUUAUACAGUGGUUUUGUUGACGUUUUCAAUAUCUUUCUGAAGCCGACGUUUCGUUUAUACGAUAACAAUUUAUGAAACAAAAUUUUCGACGUGUAAAAUUUUGAAAGUUUGCUUAGCUGUACUCCUAGUGAAGUGUCUGUUUCACCGUUGCAAAAAAAAAAUUCUGCAUAAAUUGCGUUGCAAAAACUCGCAACUGUAGGAUUGGCUGAUAGUCUUUCAAGAAAGGUCGAUUCAAUGAAAAUGACCGCACCGCGACUAGUCGCUAGGGCUAGUCGCAGUAGAUUUUUCAUCGGUUUAGGCAUUUUAGUGCUUAUGGCCGGAUUUGUGGCCAUAUUCCACAGUUCUCAGCAACAGUUAGAUGAGCUACGUCAACUAGGGUUACGCUGCGAACAGCAGCAGGAGGCUAUUUCCGCUAAAAUGCAAGUUGUUGUUGAUCAAAAACUACGGCUGGAAAACUCUUUAGCUUCAGAGAGAAUGAUUAACGAACAGAACCGUGUGGAGCAACAUCAAAAGUCUCAGGAUGAAAAGGAACUGCACAAAAAAGCUACAAUGGAAGCCAAUUUUCGAUAUGCGUCACUGCAGCAACAAAACAAUUUGAUGAAGAGUCAGCUAGACGACCUCACCGAGGACUGCACCACGAACAAAAAGAAACAACUAGACGAGAUCAAUUCGCUUCGUCUGAAAAUAAGCGAACUACAAGGCAAGGUCUCAUUGCAUCAGAAAGAAUCAGCUAGCAAUGUGGAACAUCUAACGGCCCAAAUCAAACAACUUACAAUAGACAAGGCAAAUAUAGAAACCAAUUAUCGCCAAAAACUGUCUUACAAAGACAAAAUAAUCGAACAACUCAAGGAGCACAACGGUAAAAUAGAAAAGGAAAACAACCAGUUAAUCGAGUUGUGCAAAAUUCCCCCUGAGAAGAUGCCUCAUCAUUACAAAGCAAGUGAUGUUUUCGCAGAACUCCCACCCAGUAUCCCUAACGAUGGACCCCUACGGAACUUUGCCGAACAGAUAUCAGUGAGUGAAGAUUUGUAUAAAAUUCCAGUUAUAUUGCGCAAUCGUACUAACAACUUUAAGACUUUGCAUGGUAGUAAUGGUGUUGGUCCGGCAGCGAUUGAACAAGAGCAAGAAAGUACAGGGGUUAUCGCUAAACCGUACGAUACUAAUGAUAAUCGAGAUCCCAAGAACAAACACAAUGCCCGUGUUGUGGGAGCUGUUGAUGGUGGAGUUAUUAAUUCUGUGGAAAAUUUUCAGAUCAUCCCUAAACCUAUGCCGCUAGUGUCCAAUGACGACCCCAACACUGAUUCAAAGAAACAAAGCCCUCCAUCAAACAAUGUUCUGCAGGAACCAGUGUUGAUCAAGACAUCUACUUCGAUUUCUUCAGCAUUACGCAAGAAAACUUCCGAGAAGGAUGACAACCUCCAAGUGCCUAUUUUGGCAGCUCCGACCGUGGGUGUUCCCAACGGCAGUAAAUCAUCUUCAACUAGUACCACCACACCAAGUGGUGUUUUAGUGAAAAAACCUAGCAAAUUCCGAUCCAAGGCGCUUCCAGUCGGUGUCGUUCCCUACCCUGAAAACAUGGACGAUUUAAUAAAAGGUGACGAGAACAAUAGUGAAAAUGCCAUCAACAACCGCUAUUUGAAUGUGGCCGCAUCACACCAGGGCAAUGCGAACCAAAAUAUAGAUCAUCAACAGAUGCGGAACGACAAAGAUUUGAACUUUAUGAAUGCUAACGUUGAGCUGGAAAAUGGCGCUCACGAGGUAAAUGACAAUGACUUCAAUCUGGGCGGUGGUGGUGGAGGUGCACACAGUAACAACAAUCAAAAUCAAUUAUCCAAUGGCGUACCAAAAGAUGGUGUAGACCAGAACGGAGAUCCGGUUAAUGCUGCCGAAGAGGACACCAAUCUGGACGAUCAAAAGCUAUUCGGAAAUCCAUUAAUUCAGCAGCAGCAGGUACCGCAUGGUGACUACCUCGACAUGCACCAUCAUUUAACGGGCGGAAAACGGAAUGGCGGAGGAAAUGGUGCGAUUGGAGAGAAACUGAUCAAUGAGAUUGUUCGCGACCACGGUAAAGAAGGUGACAACUAUCCAAAUGAAAUGGAGGAAGAUAUACACAUGCAUCAGGAGGCGGAAGACGACGGAGGUGAUGUUGGGGAUUAUGACGAUCCUGCUGCACUAAAACAAGGGCAUGCAGAACGUAAUUGAGGUGAUACGACACAGUGAUCACUGUUGAUAUUUAUCUGACGAAUUGAAGGAGCGCAAAUGGGCAUAUAUUUUUUUCAUUUGAAGGUAGGUGGCAAAUAUAUAUAUCUACCAUUAAAAUGUAUGUUAUCGUACUGUAAGUGAAGAUAUAAGUUUCGAAAACAGUAUCAUUAUGAUACGACAUCGUGUACUGAUAUUUAAUUACAACCGAUUCUACACUGCGAUUAUCUUCAAUACUGCGUGAAACUAGACUGCAAUGAAUCGAGCAGCUCGAAUGCUAUAUAUUAAAAUAGUCGUUAAUUUUAACUAUAUUGUUUAUAGCUAGAUUGGCUUAUCGUUAGCUAAGUACUGAUAUUGUGCAAGCGGAUCAUUUUUCUUUUUGGUUCGAAUCAACUUAAACAUUGAAACACAUUGUGGUUUGGGCUGUUGUCUUAUUAGUGCUUAUAUUUUAAACGGCGUGGUUUAUGCCAUCCGGCACAAACAGGGACGAGAAACUGUUAGAACGUACUAUAUAGAAAUAAAACAAGCACAUUUUUUAAUUGUAUGCUGCUGUUCAUCGGGAAACUGCAACGUCUGAAAAAUGUAUCCACCUCGAAGAUAUUCAGUUUACAAUCUUACAGUCGCUAUUACAUUAUACAAGGUGCUUUGAAGAUUUGAACUAUGAUUUAAUCACUAUUAUUGUAUUUCGUUCAUAGCUGUUUUAUAGUUAGUUGUUACUUUUCAUAAUUUUAUAUAAAUUAUCGGUCUUGAUAUCUCAUUAUUUCCACAUGCUCAGAAUAUCUCAGAAGCAAAGCAAUUCUUUUAAAUUGGAUGAUAGAUUAUGCCGCUGAAGGUACAGUAUAAUAUUUAAUUAGAAGUACCUAUUACAGUAAAACACCUCUAGGUAACCGGUUCAAGUAAACUGUGACAAAUACAUAAUUAAUGUCCUUUCAAAUUGUUCCUUCUUUUUGCCAUAUUUCAUUCUUUAUCUUGACCUGAUUGCAUAGAUAAUUAGAAUAAUAUUAUUGUACAUGAGAGAUUGCUAACUGGUUGGUGUUGACAGCAGUAUCUAGAAAUUAGCUUCGAUAUACAAAAAUUAUGACAAACCCUCCACCCAGGUUAUAGAUCACGUUAAUAAGUUCGAUUACAUAAUAUAAGGCAUUUCAUUCCCUAACGUGAACAUUAGAAUAGGUUUCAAGUAAAAUAAAUGCAGUAUUUUUUAUUAUA